AUGAUUCAGAAGCCAAUGCUCAAUGUCUCCAGCACCGACGAUUAUGUCACGGUAAGUACGGGUAUGAAAAGUGGUGCUAUAGUAUGUGGAAAAGUACAUGGCAAGUGUUACCGUAUUCUAUUAAAGGCUAAGCGAUAGGUAAUGGUCAGGGUAGCGUAGAACAAGGCAGAGCAGAGGGAGGGCGGUAGGUUCGAUAUAGUAGGGCAGGGUAAGGUAGCUUAGGAUAAAGUAGAGUAGAGUACAGUAGGAGAGGAUAAGGUAUAGAAGGGUAGGGUGGGGUAGGAUAUGGUAAGGUAGAGUAGGGUAGGGUAAGGUAGGGUAAGAUAGGGUAUGGUAGGCUAGUGUAGAGUUAACAUCAUAUCCCUAUAUUUACAAAAUUUUUUUAAAUUUUUAUUGAAAAUUUAAAUUUUAUCGUACUACUGUUCUGAUAUUGCCAUCUGUUUUUGCACCGAAACUGAUAAAACGCCUUGAGUCAAAUUUAUUCGAAAAGCGAUGAUUAAUCGUUUUUUAUUUGUUCCGAUGAGCAAUCUCAAGCAAUCCCAAAGACAAGUCUUAUGUUUUGUUGUGGACAGACAGUUUUUUUUUUCGGUUUUACAACAAAAAAAGGUUAUCUGAUUUUAGAUCAUUAACUAUUUUUAAAUUGCAUUUAUUUCUUCGACGUAUUUUAAACAUGUUUUGCGAUUUUUUAGGCUUUUUUUAGUUUUAAUUUUUUUUUAAAUAAAAUUUUUGAUUUUUUUUUAAAUUUUAAAAAAAUAAUUUUUUAGAUAUAAAAUAAUUUUUUAUUCUAUCAGAAAUACGAUUAUUCUUACAAAAAAAGCGUCAUUUUUGUCAUUUUUUCGUCUUGCAGGCCGCGGGGUUAUUGUUAUACGAAGAAACAUGACCAAGCCAAUUUUUUUUGGUCGUUUUUUACAAAACAUGACUUUAUCUUUGUUUUCCAUAUGAUUUUCUACCUAUCUUACUCUAACCUACCCUACCCUGCCUACCCUAUUCUACACUACCUUACUCAAUCCAACCUAACCCUAAAUCGCCUUACCCUGCCCAUUUUCGGCCAUUUUUCACCAAAACACCCGAUUUUUUCAACCAAAUUCAGGCUCUUUUUCAAAUCACUGGCCAUAAAAUGUUUUGUUUUCGAAAGGAAAGUUUGAAAUUUGUAUUAAAGUGGGAAUUACGCGUUUUAUUGUUGCAUCUGCAGGCGACGGCUCAUAAAAUUUGGGUAAAAUCACUUGGGAUGCUUAAGGGUCGAAUUUGAAAAUAAUGUCAAAAGUUGGGUCAAAUGAAGAAAAAUAUUUGCUUAGGGGGUGUUUUUUUGAAUCAAAAAUAUUUUAAUUUAAAAAAUAUUUAAAUUAGACUUUUUUUAUUUUUAGGCUUAAGUUGGACUUCUUAAGACGUUUUUUUAUUUUAAAAUGGUAAGGUAUAAUUUUAGGCUUAAGUUGGACUUUUGGAAUGAUUUUUUUAGCUUUAAGCUUAUAUUUUUAAUUUUAGGCUUAAGUUAAGCUGGUUAUAAUUUUAAGCUUAAGUUGAGCCCAAAAACAUGUUUUAACUUUUUAAAGAAUCACGUUAGGUUUAUAAACCAUUAUUUUGGUUUUUAGGCUUAAAAUAGGCUUAGAAACAAUCGUUUUAAUUUUUAGGCUUACAGUUAGGGAAGGUUUAUAAACCAUCAAUUUGACUUUUAUACUUACACUAGGCUUAGCAACCAUAGUUUUGGUUUUUAGGUUUAGGUUAGGCUUAUAAAGAUUUUUUUUAUUUAUCCGGUGUAAUAUUGUUUUAUUAAUCAUGCAUAAUAUUAUGUUACGACAAAAACCUUGCUCGUGCCUUUUUGAUGCAUUUUAUAUCCGUUUAAUGGGAUUUUUUGUAAUGGAUUAAAAAACGAUUUCUUUUCGAAAGUGAAAUGAAUUAUUCCAUACGUAUUCUCACUUCAUGGUCAUCACUUUCAUCUUGUUUUUGUGGUUUUGCGGACAUUAUACUACCCUACCCUAUCCUACCUUACCCUAAAACGCCCUACUCUACUUUACCCUGUUCUACCCUAACCUACCAAGAGGUCUUUAGUACUAUAUUCAAGAACUUCAAUAUACUACAUUACUCUCUAAACCUUCACUCCAUCUACUAUAAUAUAAUUUUUCAUCGUAACAUCAUACUAAAUACAUUACCACUUUCAGGUCCUAUCCAUACCGGACAGUCCCACAAACUCAAUGUAUUUAAAUGCCAACGGGUAUCACCAUGUCGCACAGCCAUUACAUUCAGGGGAUUCGACUGCAUCGACCUCAACCCAGCCUUCGAACACGUUAUCGAGCGAUUCCUUUGAUGGUAAAAUCAAAUCACAUUCGAUGGAAUUCAGAGAUUCUAUUUCGUAUGGUAAUCGAGUGGCUGCUGGCCAGGGGCUGGUCAAGGUCAUGAACUUUGGGGAUCAAGGUAAGAGGGGGAAGGGGGAGGCGGGGUUGCGUAAUAUAGGGAGGAAAUGUAGGACAGGAUGCUACAAGGAGGCGUAAAGUAAGCUAGAAUAGUGUACAGUACGAUGGGAUAUAUGGGUGCUGUGCUAGGCCUUACUACAAAGGCUAUACCUAAAACAAUAUAAACAAAAACUUCAGAAUCCACCCCCGAAAAGCCUCCAAAAUCCUCCCUAAUCCAACCAAACUCACCAUCAAAACCUCGACGUCACAUUGGCUUUGAUGAGCGGCCCAAAACUCAUUACGGUCUCCUACCUCAAUCCCAAUCCGAAUCUUCAGCCCUUGGGGCAUUGUGUCGUGAUAAAGCUCAUAAGUCCGGCUUCUUCUACGGCUUCGAAGCCGACAACGAUGAAGUCGAAGAAGUUGAAGGAGUCAAGAUUCAGAAGAUCGUACUCAGCAAAGAAACGAUGGGAUUGAGGACGGGGUUAAGUGUUACGGGCGUACCACAGCCUGCAGCGCCGGAGAAAUUGAUAGCGGUGGAGGUGAUUGAUAUUGAGGAUGGCAGUCGAAUUGCGGUGGAUGAUCAACUGAGGAUAGAAGACAGAAUUACGAGGAUCAAUGGGAGACCGGUUUACCAGGUGGGUUUUGCUAUGCUAUAUGUUAUCAUACUCUAUCUUAGCCAACAAUACGAGAGUCUGCUUUUUCUACCCUAUUCUCCCCUCUACACUAAAAUUACCCCAGCUUUUUUUACCCCAACCUACUAAAAAAUCACCCUCACUUCUUUUACCCCACCCUACCCUUACCUAACCCCCAAAGAAUUCAGAUGUCCCUACCCCGAGCCAGAAUCUACCUCCACGAACUAGAAACCCAAGAAGAGCCUUCAAUCUCGUUUUAUCGACCAAACAAACCGACCGAUAGUGAAAGAGAAACCCCAUUACAAUACAAAAAGAUCAGUGUACCACAACAGAAAGGCAACACUUCACAGCUACACAAACGACUACAGUUUACUGUAAAAAAAAGUGAAAAUGGUUUUGGGUUUGGGUUUGCUUCGCGAGUUAGUCCGACGGACAAUUCGAAUAUAUUCUUGAUCACGACAGUCAAGCCGGAAGGCCCAGCUGAGGGGAUUUUGAUGCCUGGAGAUCGGAUUUUAGAGGUAAGGGGUUUAUAAUACAUACGGUUCUAGUACCCAUUUAUAGUAUCAACAACUUAUGGUACUAAAUUAUAGUACUCAAAAGAUACUGUACUAUAAUAUAAUACACAGUUUUAGUACUAAAGUAUUGUAUCUAAAAUUUAUAGUACUAUAUUAUAGUACCUAAAAUUCACAGUACACCAAGAUAAAUGUAUUUCAGGUCAACAACAAAGAACUAGCCGAAAAAGCGCAGCCGGAAGUUGUAAACAUUCUGAGGAACUGCCCUGUUGAUUCCGAAAUUUUGUUUGUAAUCUCACGAAACACUGACACCUCUGACGUGGAAAGUCUACAAUCGAACGAAGAAACACGAAUUCAGAUUCAAGGCUUGGAUGAUGGACUCAUAAUUCUCGACUUUAAGAUCGCUGUGAAUGAGAAAGUGGGUGCUGGACUAGGCCUGACGAUCAAAGCCAAACAGACGAGGAAAGAGAACGGAGAAGUUGUGGACGGAGGUGUUUUUGUUGGGCGGGUAGGUUAACAUAAAUAAGUGUCAUAAAAACUAUCAUCAUAAAAAAAGAAAAAUUUAUUCAUGACAUUAUGCUUUGAUCACAUCGGUUAAGUUAUACUGUAGAAUACGUCAAAAAAGCUAACACCUUUAAUAAGGUCUUAAACUCCAAAUUAUUCCAGAUUCUUCACGGCUCCGCAGCAUUCAAAGACGGUCGCCUAAAAGAAGGUGACCAAAUAUUAGGCGUAGAAACCGUCAACCUACUAUGCUACAAACGAAACUCAGAUGCCGUUCAUGCGUUUAACCACACGAUUUCGCAAAUGCCACCAUCUUCUCUGUACUUCCGUUUAAUCGUAGGAAGAAACAACAACCUAAACCUAAGGCUACCUUGCAAAAUCAGCAGAGAACAAUUCCUUGACUGGGCAAAAGAGGCUGAAGAAGUAGCUAAAAUGCGAAGACUUGGGAUCAACGGAAAUGCUGCUUCAGGGAAGAUUCAAGAAAGGCGUGAUUUACAUACUCCGAUCAGAACGAGUUCAAGAGGUUCCGCGGAAAGUCAUCAAGACGUUUUCACAGGUUCUACGGAUAGUAAUAAAAACGUUGCCAUAGGUUCCACGGAAAGCAAUAAAAACUAUGCUACUACAUCUUCAGAAAAUCACCACGGUGGCGUAUCUGAAGGCCACGUUUACCAAAGCUCAAGUAACUACAAAAUGCCGCAAUCAAUUUCUCAACCGGCCGGAUUCAGCGGUUCAACCGAAUCCGUAAAUCCACGUUUGAAAGAGAAAACCAACUCUGUGGACGACGAAACGGCUAGUAUAGUUAGUGCAAUCCCAGAAGACGCUUUUGAUCGAAAUGCGGCGGCUAGAAAAAGUUUCAGCGAGAAAGCACCAUUCGGUAUGAAAACUCCAACGGAUUUCGAAAGCUUUAAAAAGAUCGCCCAUCAUCGGCAGAUUAGUGGUAAGUUGUACUAAGCUGCUUUUAUUUUUUAUACUGCACUUUCUAUAAAUCUUAAGUUCCGCUUUAAUUUUAGUACUAUUUAUGUUGUGCGCAGUAUAAUCGCAUAUUUUAUGUUGUACGCAGUAUAAUUACACAUUUUAUGUUGUACGCAACAUAAUCACAUAUACCCACUUUAUGUUGUAAUAGUAAACUUUGUGUUUGUUCAGCUCCAUUAGUUAAAUCAGCGACAACUGUGGAACAAAAACCAUCAAUAAGUUCUCUUAAACGUGGGGGCUCGACAAUCUCACGCCAACGCCGUAGGAUGAUCAAAUCUGAAUACUGGAAGGAAGAGGUCAAAGAAGCACCAAAAACAGCACCAACUACACCAGUGGUGCAGAGGAAGAAGAGUAACAACUUUUGGGGGAUUUUCAAGAAAUCCCCAAAGUUGGAAAAGAAAGAGAUCAAAUUUGAUUUGAAAGAGGAUUUGUCACCCAGAAGUGAUAAGGAGAAUGAGGAGGAACACCAACAGGGUAAAUGCUUUUUUUGUUUUGCAACGAUGUUUUGCAAUCUUUUAUGUUGAUGGUGAUAUAGCAAAGAACUUUUAUUUUGGUGGUGGUAUAGGGUGGUAUAGUAUUUAGAUGGUUCACCAAUAAUUUUUGUUGGUUUGCAGUGAUUUUUUUUAUUUACUUUAUUAUAUAUACAGUGAAACCUCUUUAGUAUAACUCUUGAUUUUCAUCGGAUUGUACUGAUUUUACUCUAUAUUCUUUAUUUGACUUUACAUCUUCGGGGUUUUCCAAGCGGCCUGGCUUUGUUUGGCCUCGAUUAUAGCAAUUGUUUUUUCCACCGAUCGUCUUCCAGUCUUUCCAGUCGAUAUCGGAACAGAAAAAUGAAGUACUAGUCUUGUACAUGACUUUCAUUUUCCGAUAUUCUUCAAAAACGUCUUCGAGUUUUGUACUGCGUCUGAUUCUAAGAUAUUUGACUUUAUCAAUCAACCCAAUGUUGAGCACGUGCCGUUUCAUUCGUUGUUGACAGUUUCUCAGUCUUUCUUAAGUUUCAUACUAAAGAGGUUUGAUUGUACAUAUUUAUACACCGUCCCAAUCUUCAAAUAUUAAUCAUACAACAUUUAGCAUCCGAAAAGCAAAGCCGUUCUCAAUCCGAAGGCCCUAUGCCUACUGUGUUACCACGUCUACGCUCAAAAAGUCAUCAUGAACGGCUUGACAAACCCAACGAGGAAAAAGCAGCCAAAGACAAAAAGGAAAAACGCAAAUCCGUUUUUAAAUUCCUUCAAAACAAGCCUGAGCCUCAAAAAUCAUUGGAUGAAAUCUCGCCAAAUAAUGUUGAAGUGCCUGAGGAUAAAAUGAAAACUUUGCCGGUAUACUAUCAUCAAAGAUUUGCAUCGGCCCAGGAGCACUGGAUGGGCGAUUCGGUAGGUUUUUUAGAAAUUCAUAUUUUCUCAUAGCUAUGAUACUGUUUGACUUUUUGUUGAGUAUAAUACUAACCAAUAGUAUGUUGUGCAAAAAUGGAUGAGCCAAAGAUUUAUUUUUGAGUUUGACACUAAAAAAUCAAAACUUAACCGGUUUGAAAAGAACCAUCCAUGUUCGGAUAACAUAAUAUUAUAAAAUCUUGUAGUACCUUAAAACUCUUAAUGUGGUUUGCAGUGAUAUUAAUGUUGUUGGUAUGGUUUAUUUAAAACGUAAAAUUUUUAACCAUCAAAUCAUAUUUACUAACAAUACAAUAACAGAGUUACGGAGCACGAACGACGUCGUUAAUAAAUUUAACCGAAGAGGAUGAUCGAACAGUCUCUAGGUAAACUAACAAGACCAGCUUUUAGUAGCUACAGAAGCAUUAGCAAGCUUAUGAGCUCAUGCUUGGACAUUCCUCAGCUAUGCUUGCUGUUAGCAUGAAGAAAUCCCUCAGCUUUAGGCUUGCUGUUAACAGGACAUUCUUGAACGAUAUGAUUGCUGUGUAAAUUGUUUCUUAAAAGCUAGUCAUGCUUUGAGAUGACCUUUUGUAGCCAAUGCUUCAACUUUUUAGGACAAAGCAUAAUUCCCACUGUGACUCAUAUAGCUUUAGUUCUAUAUUUGCGGCUUGGCUUGUUUGUCAUCAUCUAUAAGUAGUUAUAAGAGAGUGACUCUUACAACUUCUUAUAUUGCUGUUGAUGAUGUUCUAGUGUUUUGUAAAGCCUGUGCAGUAUCUUUGUGUUGUUUUGUGCUGUUAGCUAUUUGAUUUUCUUUAGUUUUUAAAAAUCAUUUUUUAUUAACAUUUACCUCUUGUUUAAUUGUACUUUUCCCAAAAAUCCCCUGAAACCCCUAUAAAACCUCUUCCAACCCUAACUUUCUCAAUUUCCAGCCGAAUCAAACGAGUGCGUUCGUACGGUACCAGCACGAACGACUCAGCAUGGACCCGCGAACCAUCCCGGACCCGCUAUGUCAUUCCAAGUCGGCCGUCCUCUGGCCCCAACCACCACACGCAACUGGCUAUCGACAGUCCCAGCGGUUCUGGCUUGUCGACCCAUACUUUGCGCGACAACCAAUUUACGAGUCGAAUCUGGCUGAACCACCACGAGGUGCCGGACCAGGACCAGCUGCUGGAGACCUGCCCACUGAUUCGAGUGCGGGCAAACACGGAGGCGGGGUCGAGUAUAGGAGUACAGGGACAGACGUUAGAGGUGGAACGGACCGCGGAUUUGGAUCUUUUGGCGCGGCUGGAAAACCAGGACCUUGGACCAGACCAGCCGGAAAUGAAGGGGCAGGAGUGGAUCAACGAGGUAUGGCUGAAAGGUCUGGACGGGGAGAACAAGACAGUCUGGGCCACAAAUACCAAUCCAAUGCCUCUCAGACGGUCGGACCGAUCUACGCCGAGCCUGAGCUCUCAGACCAGCAUAACAACUUUUCAAGACAACCAUCCGGUCAAUAUACUCAACAGCCCGGAAACUGUAACCAAUCGUCCCAAACAAACCAACCAAAUCCAAAUGCCCAUCCACCCCCACCCCAUCCAGUUCAUUCCCGGUCCAACUCCAAACCAACCGCCACUCCACCUCGACCCCCAGGCUAUGCCGAACUUUAUCCCGAACGAGCCCCUGCUCCCGACUACUAUCGCCAGUUCAACCAAUACUUCACCAAUGGCAGUUCGCCGUCGGCUAAGCGCCGCGACAAGUCUCGAUCGACCAGUCAACCGCGCGAAGCCACCCGCUUUGCCGCCCCCUCCCCCGCGGCUACAAUACAGCCACUCUACAACGCCGGCGGACCAGUCUACUACCCCGCGCACUAUCAGCAAAAGUAAGCAUUUUAGGGUAGGGUAAAGUAGGAAACGGUAGGGCACGGUAGAGUACGGUAAUUUAUGGUUAAUUAAGGUACAGUAGGAUAGGGUAAAAACCGAAUAAAAUAACUAUUUUCAGCGCCCCAGCCAACUUCUACCAACAAUACCGAUCCCACCAGUUCCAUCCCCAUCCAGCCGCCCUACACUCGACCCGCCGGCCUGCCCCAGUUUCAUACGACGCUUAUGUGGAACGAUUUUGAGCGACAAACCGACUCGGAAGCCGAACCGGCCAAAGGCUUUGAGAAUGCUGUGACAACAAAGGUUGGUAACUUUAAAAGUAAAGUAUAUAUUACGUUGUUCAAAUAAUUCGGAGCCCCUAACACCAAAAAAAUUGCUUUGAGAGGGGCACAGUUUUACUUGAAAUUUUUUAAAAACUAUUGUUAUUUUUUUCAAUUUCAGAAAAAGGUACGAACAAAAAAGACUACAACAAGCCACACAUCAUUGUUUUAUACCCGAAAAGUGAAUAAAAAGCGAAAACAUUUGGAUGAACUACUGCGCUAUCAACGUAGUUGGUCUCCACCCAUCCACAAUGGUCUAGCUAGAGUUAGAAGCUGGUGAGUUAGCUUUAAAACUUUUUAAAUUAUUUGAAAUAGCAGUAAGCUUAAAGGUAAUUUCUAUAAUAACUUUAAAAAAAAUAUUAAACCAUAAUGCCAAAAAUGGCGGAAAAUCAAAAAUUUAAAUAUUAUAAUAUAAAAUUUUUAAAAAGUCAUGAAAUUUCGUUGUUAAAGUUAAAAACAAAAAAUCAUUUUUAACUAUAUUUAAAAAACAGCUUGAAACGCAAUACCAAAAACUGUGGAAAAUCAAAAAUUUGAAUUUUUUAGCCAAAAAAAUUAAAAUGAAAAUCUAAAGCUACAGAAUUCCAGUUCCCCACCCUACAUGUCUAAAGACCAGUCGAAUGAAAGAGGUUUUCGAAGGUUAAAUCAACUACAGCUUCAAGAACUGAAACGUCAGACUGGUUCGACUGGUUGUUUCGGCGGUACUUUACCUUCUACAUACAAAACGAGUACGAAAUUGGAAAAACCUAAAACUUUAAGUGUUUUUUACGAUGAUAUUUGA